AUGACGAGCUACCCGCCUCCGCCCCAGCAGAAUGCGGGACGUGGCGCCAGCUACCCGAUCAUGAACAACAAUCCCUACCCGCCGCAGCCCUACCCCGGCGCUUCAUCGUCCAUGCUGCCCCAGACCACUACGGCCGCCUCGCAUCCCCAGCCUAUCGCCCCCGCCCCGUCGCCGGCCGGCAGUAGGGGGCCUCCCCUCCUCCGCCCAAUGCCUGCCGGUGGAGUCAUCUCUCAGCCGGGCAUGAACUCGCCCUAUGGCCAAAGCCCGCUCAUGCCCCAGACAUCGAUGAUGACCGAGGGUGACCAACCCACGCACGUGGUCGGCUCGCAAGGCCGUAGAGGCAUUCUACCUAGCGCUCCAGGUAGGCCCGCAGCUCCGGCUGCUGGAACAGCGCAGGCCAAGAAUCAGAUCCCCCAGAAGGAUGCAGACGGAAAAUUCCCUUGCCCCCACUGCACAAAGACUUACCUUCAUGCAAAGCACUUGAAGCGCCACCUCUUGAGACACACGGGCGACCGGCCGUACAUGUGCGUAUUGUGCCACGAUACUUUCUCUCGUAGCGACAUUCUCAAGCGCCACUUCAUCAAGUGCUCUGUCCGCCGCGGCAAUCCGACUGGGGCAAGUCACUUGUCCCACCCCCAAGCGCACGUUAAAAAGAAUGCUGCUGCUGCUGCCCAGCAGAAGGCUAUGGGUACUGAAGGCGAUGUGAAUAACGUUAACGGUAUGGGAAACAUGCCUGCCGACGGAAUGGUUCAUCCGUUUGGCAUUAUUCCCGCUUCUGAUGGGAUGAGCAACAUUGCCAACGAUCAAAGCCAGCUCUCGAGAUCUAGCAGCAUCAACAGACUCGACGAUGCGAACCGCGACAGAAGAAACAUGAACAACUCGGUAAUGGGCGCGUCGACACGUCCGGGCAACUUCGAGCAGACGUACAAUGGUGGCGACGUCGCGAACAACAUGACGGCGAACAUCAACCCGCAGCUGGCGAACUACAGCAUGCCUCAGAACCAGAACGGAAUGCCCAUGUUUGGAGGGUCGAACUCGGCCGAUUGGUCGCAGAUGUUUCAGCCUGGUGCGCACAUUACCUACGUCAAUGCGUUCCCACCUAAUAUCGGACAGGGACAGACGCAGACCGCAACCAAACACGAGCCUAAUGCCGGCGGCACGCGAGCGGUUGGCACAUCCGGCGAACAGACCACCGACUCGCCCCUCUUCCCGUCAUGGGGAAUUCCAUCGUCGUACCCGAAUCCUUAUCAACAACUUUCGAUCAAGAUCCUCACAUUUCUGCAUUCCUCUGCCCCCGCCGUAAAUCCGUCCACGGCCAACCUAAUCAACUUCUAUUUGCAGCCUGAUAAUGUCCGCAGCUUUCUUGAGAAUUAUUCGCAUUUCCACGCCCACUUGGCAAUUCUGCACGUACCCACAUUCCGAGCCAUGGAGGCGCACGUCGGCCUUUUGGCAAGUAUGUGCUGUGUUGGGGCGUGCUAUUCGGACCGGAUGCCCGCAGCCAACGUUCGUGAGGUCAUGGACCUCCUGAAGGCGGCGCUCGAGGGCUCUUCUCGCAUGUAUGCCUCAUUGUCGCAGGACGGACGGUCCCAAAGCGAUUACGAGUGGGCCACGUUCGGAAGCAGUAAGACAGAUAUCGAGGAGCUACAGGCAAUCAUGCUUACCCAGAUCUUGUUCACCUGGCACGGCACUCCGCUGCAACGUGAAAAGGCGCGGAGGACCUUCCCGCUGAUCGCCUCGGCUGCACGCAAGGCUGGCUUACUCCGUCUCACAAAAGACAAGUCCCUGUACAGCCCGGUUCACCAUCCUGAUUUUGACCCGCAGAACUUCCCGGUUGACCAGUUUAAUUGGCACGAUUGGGUUGAACAAGAGAAGCGUAUCCGGACCGCGUACCUGCUCUUUGUCUACGACGCCGCUCUUGGGCUUUACUUCAACGCCGUCCCCGAGUUUGACCCAUUUGAUGUCCGCCUUCCCUUGCCAGCAGAUGACGCAGCCUGGGGCGCCAACGACAGCAACGAAUGUACUGAGGCGCUCGGGCUCAGGGGUACCCAUGCUGCCAAAUUGCGCAAUCCAAACGGAACCCAGAGGUGCACACAACCCGAGAUGCACUUGGUACUGAAAGCCCUACUUGACAACAACUAUCGUGUCCAGCCCGGCGCCACGAACCUGUACGGGAAAUUCGUCCUGAUCCACGCGCUGCUGACGAUGAUGAGGAAAGCUCAAUUGGAAGGUGGUUCAGCAGUCCUGGGUCGUUCAGCCACUCCUCUACCUGCUGGUGCCUGGUUCAUUGGGACCCAGGAUAGCCCUAGCGCAAACAACAGCGGCCGGACAACUCCGGUGGACGUCGGUACCAAUCUCCUCGACGCGCAGACAGUGAAAACAUUCAUGACUGCGUUGGACAAGUUCAAAGCCAAUUGGGAUCACGACAUGGCUGCCCAGUUCCCGCCGUCUGGUGUUCAUUUUUUCCGCCGUUACGGGUUCACACGAGACGCAAUUCAUUUCUAUUGGCUAGCGAAGUAUCUCCUGAGGAGCACUCGGGCAGCAGACAUGCAAAUGGCACCGGAUCAACGCUUCGCCUAUAUAAUUCAUUUGUUGAAAUCGGUGAAGCAGUGGGUCUUGACGGACGGCGCCUCGCGAGGGGAGGAAUUAGGAUCGGUUGCAGAAAUUGAUGCCUCGUACGGAGUGAGAGACAGCACCCUCGAUAUGACACAGCUUUUCCGACCCCUUUUCAACACGAGGAAAUCGGCGGGACUUACGGCUGCUCCAGCAGAGGGAAUGCAGAACCAUCAAUAA